AUGUACAAUAAUGUCUACGAAUCGCCGUUGUCGCGGCCCACCUCCUAUUACGCCCCUCAAAUGCCCUGUUAUCCGGUGCCAUGGCCGCCGAAUCCCGACUAUAAUCAACCCAUGCCCUCGGGGCAUGGCUAUUACCAAGCUCCAAUAAACCCGACUCACCCCAAUUUAUAUCCCGAGAUGGUCUACAACGAGCCCUGCGGCUACAAUCCGGAGAUCUAUCCGGAAAUGGCGAAUAUGACGAAGCCGCGGAUUCGGCCGAAUUCCGUCGGCCGAAAACCUCAACGCCGCUCCGUAGCGGCUCUACAGGACCUUCAGCGAUAUUUUCAACCGCCGUUGCAAAGGACGCUACCGACAACGCCCGAGUUCUCGGCCAGUUACUUUAACCAUCCGCUAGGCACGAUGCCUCGAAAUAAACGGCCGAAACAUCAAAUCUCGGCGGAAAUUUCCGCGACACUCCCGAAUAAUAGUCGAAGGAAGAGUGUGAUACUGCCCCCGGAUGAGAGUAAACACAAUAUUUUCCAUUGGUUCAAAGAGAAAAUGGGCAAAAAUGAAGAACGAGCGCCAAAAAAGGUGUACACCUCGGGAUCGUUGCCUAGGAACUUUGCCCUGCGGACAAAUAGCCCCAAAACCAAAUCAGUCCCAAGAAUGAAGAAGGCUGACGCCAGGCCAGGUGUUGCGAAUGGAUUUAACAAUGUGUUUUACACUCAAAUCGACCCGAAAAUGCGACCAGCCCAAUUGUCACCGGAGAGGGGAAGAAAGCCGCUAAAUGCAUCGCCCGAGAGACAGCGACGCGCUAUAAAUUUAUCACCAGAGAGGUCAAGUCGUAAGCUAGGGACCGCAAAAGUUGAUCAUCGUCGCCUGAACAGUCAGAAUUUGUCGCCGGAAAGGUCUAGACGAAAUUUUCAAACCUUGUCGCCGGAGCUCUCAAGAGCUCGAAAUUCAUCAGCAGAACGAUCGAGAACUCUUCCAGGCCCUGAGAAUAGCUUCUAUGAUAAUCAUAACCCAAUGUUGUAUGGGUAUUACAACGGAAAUGACGUCAACUCCAACAACGGGACCUUGAGUAAAAAGCGGAUUACUCGAUACACGACCGAUGGAAAACCUAUUCAAAUGCAAAGAAAUGGAGCUCUAGAUAACUCUACGUAUGCCUCAGGCGAUGUUCCGGCCAAACCCCCACAAUCCGCUGAGAUUUUGAGGAAUUCAAUUAUCGACCCGCUAAACGUAAAACAAUAUCCAAAACGCAGCUCAAACGGCCAGAUUGUCCCUCCAGAGCCUCCACCUGACUACUCGGACCGUAGUGACUCUCCGGCAUCGCAGCGACGUUCUCCAUCGCCAUUCAGUGUCCCGCCGAGGGUCCGUUUUCGUUUCCCCAGUGCAGAUGAUAUCCAUAGUGUAAAGAAGGAGGAGAAGAUCGUGGAGAAGGUCGAAAAUGUCCCACAACCAAAAGGAUUGUGGGCCAGGACCUUUGAUCUCAAGAUCUACAAAAAGCUUCGGCCAUUGAUUCAAAUCCGCGGCGUCAAAAUUGAUGAGAAGGAACUGGCGAAGAAUGAGAAAAAACGGCCGAACCCGCCGAAAAACCCACCGGCCACUGGUACUGCUGUCACCACAAAAACCUCUGCAGUGCCUUCGAGCCAGAAUAAGCCUUUGCCCACCGAGCCAGCCAAUGAAACGGCCAAAAAACGGUCGAUUGAGCGAUUUACGGCCGCUGUGAAAGAGACCCUCAAAAACACCCAAACGGAUCAGCCAAAAUUGGCGGACACUCUCCACAAGCCAGCUUCUAUUCUCUGCUCUCAAGGCUCCAAGAAGCGACGAGCGCCGGAUCCACCAAUGGUGCCGGAGGCGAGUUACAGCGAACCGUUGAAACCGGCCGAACUCGACCUUCGAACUGAUGUGUUGGAUGCAGAAAUGGCGCUGAAAAUGGCGGAAAAUGCAUAUAUGAAUCACUACGAACCUAAUGGUAUUGCUGAAGUUGGCAAGGCAAAUUUGGCGGCCGAAAAUUCAGUAAAUUUGCAUAAUUCGGCCGGAAAUCAAAAACCCUGGGAAUCGAUAGGAAAUGGCCAAAAUAAUAAUAAAAACGAGCAUAAUGGGACUUACAACAGCCUAAACACCGGCAAUCAUGCCCAACCAAGUAAUUUCCCCACUGAAAAUAGCGAUUAUUUGAAGUUUGAGAGCGAUAUCGAAAGCGGCCGGAAAAUCGAAAAUUCCCAGGAAAGCGGCCGAACAAGUAGCUUGCCUACAUCUCCAAUGGUUCUACAUGACAUUUCAAGUCUUCGUGCCAAAUUUGAAGCCGAUUGUUCGAAUAUUACCCGAAUUGAAGCCAAUUCGUCGAAAAUGGAAGAUUACAGUAACCCGUCAAAAAACGAUGACCAAACUGUGAUAAAAUUGAAGCCAGUGAUUGAUGAGGGCUAUCAAGAAGAUUUGACGCGGUUGCCAAGACCCUUGGAAUCCAAGGUUUGGCGAUACAAUCCUUCAACUCAGGGCCUAGUACAAUAUAAUGAAAUCGAGCCAAAACAGCCCGUGAUAUCACUGCAUCUUGACGAAAAUGGAAACACCACAACAGCGCUUCUUACCGACCAAUAUACUCAAAACUCAACCCAAUUCAACGGCUACAAUGACCCAAAUUCGACGGUUACAUCAUCGUUCCGGUCCACUAAUUCCAACUCAAUCCCAACGGCUCAGUCCUCGGCUAAUCCGCUGAUCGCGGAUAGGGGAGUGUGCUAUGUGGGUGGGACGCGGAUCGAGUACUUUUUGGACCGGUCGACCGGUCCGUUGGUUGUGCAUUAUCAGACCAAACGCACUGUGCACAUGGGCAAUUUGGUCUGUGGAGGAGGGGAAUUGCCCGCAGGCAAUGAACAGGAAAUUGAUGUGUAUGGCUCGUGGACCAAUAACCUGCCUGCUCAAGGGGUUAUUACAGGUAUUUUUGUGCGAAAAUACAUACAGUGGCACCAGAUUUGAAAAAAAAAAUAUUUUCGUAUUUUAGUCGUAUUUUAGGAGUCUCAAAUUUUAGAAAAAUACGGGAAUAGCAGAAACGGACAUAUUCUAUUACCUAUAACAAAAAAAAAUAAUUUUUUACUGUCGUAUUUGAGUGAUACGAGCAAAUUACUUCAUAACCAAAAUUAGUCAUCAUUUUGAAUAUUUGAUAUUCAAAAGUAAAAUAUAUUAUUUUCAGACCUCGAUUAUGGCCCAGGGAUAGUCCAGAAGCUCCGAGAACGAUUUGCCCGGCUAGCCAGCACUCCCAGGACCGAAAAAGAUGAGUUUUCCGACUGCACAGUGCAGAAAAGAAGAUUUGCGUCAGCCGAACCUCCGUCGAUAAACACUCAAAUUCUACCGAAAAUGGAGUAAGUUACUGCUAAAACCGUCGAAAUAUCCAUUUUUUAGCUAAUUGGAAGUUGGAUACUUUUUGAUACCUUUUGAUACUUUUUGAAGUUUUUUGCGGUUUUUGGUCGGAAACUGGAAUUAUUGGAAUUCAGAGGUUACAAAACCUAAAUAAAUGAUAUUUUCAGCCCUUCCAAGCUCUCCGACGGCAUGAAUUCGGCAUCGUCGACGGGCUACAGCAGUGAAGAGUCGAAUCCGUCGGACGCGUCGGAACCCCCGAAAGAACUCUCAAAAUCAGCACCGCUUCCCAACGAACGAUCCAGAAGGAGUCAAUCGGCUUCUCAUGCUGACGAUGAUCUUCAAAAGCCAGAGAUUCACGAUCCAACCCAUGUGAUUACACCGAUCAGGUCGUUGAGAGAGAAAUUCGAGAGACAAUCGCAGAAUUCGUGCAUGAAUAAGAGUGUAAGGACUGUGGUGAGUAUUUUACAAGUGUUACGGGUGAUAAGGGUAAAAAAAAUAAGGAAUUUUUGCAAAAAUUUGAAUUCCUGCCGGAAUUUUGAAUUCUUGGCAUUCUGUUUCAAGGCUCUCAAAAUUCGAAUAAGGUGAUAGAAAGUAAGCUACUACCGUUUAAAAGCAAUUUUUGGCGUUUUUUGAGGCUUGCAACAGAAUGCCAAAAUUUUUUAGUUUUGGCGGGAAAAUAAAAAUUCGAAAUUUUUAAAGCGGGAAUGGGUAAAAUACGGCCACAAAACUUGAGAAAUAUUUUAUUUAUUCAUUUCAAAGUCAUCGUAGUGUUUAUUUUGACUUUUUUAACCUAAAUAAGUCAAUUUUUACUUGCACCGUGCGCCAAAGGUAAAUGUUGUAAAUCUGUUGUGUUGUAGUAUUCGCCCCGGUCAUCAUCAUGUCAUACGAGUGUGGUAGCUCGGUAUCCACCUCGUCAACAGUCAGGCUCACGGAAAAACAGCGAAACUUCAACCGUACUCACUGAUUCCGGGGUAUCAAGUACAACAUCAACCAAAAAUUCUCUCCCAUCAGCCAAAAUUACGCCAAAACAGCCGCUCCGAAGGCUUUCCAAGCCUGCAGUGCCCUCAUUCGCGACGGAAUUUUCGAUGAAUUCCAAGGAAAAUGAGGACACCAAAAAUUUGGCAGAAUCGACCGGUCGAAAACCGACUUUGCCAAAACGCACCGUGUUGGCCAAAUUGGAGCCCGAACAGAAGAUUGUGGUCUCCCCACCCUCACCACAUUCGAGUAACGCCUCCACGAGCAGUGGGGAUUGCCCAUCGACCAAAAGCAAUGAGCAGGAGGUAAAGAAGCGAAAGAUUUUUAGUAUCCGGAACAAAAAGCUGAUUAUCCGUGAAGUCGAUGCCUAUGUCGAUGAUGACUUUGACUAUUUCGGAGUGUAUUAG